AUGUCCCAUUUCAACCUGAGGAGAGGUUCCCCUGAGGAGGAGUUUCCUGAUCUGGCCAGGAACCACACCUGGAUGGGUCAGAUCCUCACACCGGCCCUGUACAACCGCCAGUUCAACCGCUGCACCGAAAGCGGAGUAAUCUUCGAUGAUGUCAUUCGCCCGGGCCUUGAGGAACCAGGCGAGUUUUCUGGUCCCAUGACCGUUGGGUGUAUUGCGGGAGACGCCCAGUCCUACAUUCUGUUCUGUGACUUCUUCGACCGAGUCAUCGAGGCGUUCCACGGCCAGAAGGUCUCCGUCCAGACGCCAGAAAGCGAUUUCAACUACGACAACCUAAAGGGGGGUGAUGACUUGGACAGGUCGUACGCUGUGCGCUGUGAGGUGAGCGUUGUUCGAGGUAUUGAGGAGUUCUGCUUCCCGACACACUGCAGCCGAGGAGAGCGCAGACAGCUCCUCACACUGGCCAGGAAAGCUCUGCAGCGGCUACAGGACGAGCUGCCGGGUCACCUCCUCUUACUGGAUGAGCUGAACCAGGACCAGCAGAGAGAACUGAACCUGGACCUGGACCUUCCUUCUUCCUCCCAGCUCCGUACCGGCGUAGCUCGGGACUGGCCUGACUCCAGAGCAGUCUGGGCGAGUAAAGAUGGCAGCCUGGUGGUCUGGAUCAACAUGGAGGACCACCUCAGACUGGUGUCCACACGAGAUGACACCAACAUCGCCGAGGCUUUUAAAUGUAUCUGCAUCAACCUGCAGAAGCUGGAGGAGUACUACAAGGCGCUCAGACACCCGUUCAUCUGGAAGCAGCAGCUGGGAUGGGUGACGAGCUCUCCGGCCGACGUUGGGACGGGUCUGAGGAUCACCAUCCACGUCAAGCUGCAACAUUUUCCCAAACACAAACGGCUGCAGGACGUCCUGAAGAGGCUGAGGAUCCGCAUGGACCCAACAGAAUCCCCGGCUCUGUACUGCGUGAGCAACAUGGCGACGUUUGGGCCGAGCGAGGUGGAGCUGACCCAGGUGGUGGUGGACGGGGUCAAACUGCUCAUCGCCAUGGAGAAGAGGCUGGAGGGAGGCCGAGACAUCGAUGACAUCGUUCCUACACAGAAGUAG